UUUUUAAGUCAUGAAUAGCGUUUCCAUAACCUAAGGGGCCCAAGUGUAUGCUAGUAGGCCUAAAACCUCACUUCCCCAACCUUGGGUACCUCUCCCAGACGCUUAAACCCAUCGCCGCCGUAAUCGCCGUCUCCGGCACCAUUACAAAGUCCAAGGAGAAGCUCUUAUGCCAUAAGAUUCUGUAAUCAUGAGGUUCUUCGAUCGAUUUGUCUCUCAUUCUCUGUCUCGUCGUUCCAGAACUAUUUCCACAUGUCAAACACCUUAUCUGCAUUCCUACUGUACACGGAUUCCACAGUCCAAGAUAGAUUUCUCCAAAAAAAACCAUUUCUACAGCUUUACUAAACCGUUAAUCAGUUCAAAUUUCACAACUUCAGCUCAGGAAUCAAAGCCAGGCCCAUCAGAGAGAGUAUCUGCUAUAGUCGAUGAGAUUUCGGGUCUAACGUUGCUGGAAGUAUCGGAUUUGGGGGAGGUUCUGAGGAAGAAAAUGGGUAUUGAAGAGAUGCCUAUAAUGGCAAUGAUGAUGCCCGGAAUGGGAUUUAGUGCUGGAGGGAUGAAGGGAAAGGGAGCAGGAACUGCGGGAAAGACGGAGGAGAAGGCGGAGAAGACUGUGUUUGAUUUGAAGCUUGAAGGGGGAUUUGAUGCCGGGGCAAAGAUCAAAAUUAUCAAGGAAGUGAGAUCUUUUACUGAUUUGGGACUCAAGGAGGCUAAGGAUUUGGUGGAAAAGGCUCCAGCUAGUUUGAAGAAAGGGGUUACAAAAGAUGAGGCUGAGAAAAUUAUUGAGAAGAUGAAAGCGGUUGGAGCCAAAGUCACUAUGGAGUGAGAUCCCUUGAUUGUAUUUUUGCAACAAAGAUCAGGAGCUAACAGGUCAUGACUUUGUAACAGAAUCUGCAUUUGGUGAUGCAUCAUGUUGGGAGAUUCAUGGUUACUGAGCGUGCAUUAACCAGCUCAAAGGCUAGCUUUUCUGUUUUGAAAAUAAAGGAGAUGUUGAGGCUCCUAGGACAUUGUAAAGCUAUUUGGUUGAGAACUGACAUCUUAAGAUGGAUUCACAUUGUUAUAGGUUUGAUGGGUUGUGAGCUAAAAAAAAAGCUAUGGUAUAUUUUGCAACCAUGGGUUAGUUUCCAA